UCGAGAGUGAGGAGUAUUAGCUCGAGCAGCGCUGGAGAGCUCCGGUUCUGGGCAGGAUGUUGCAGUGGUUCUCCGCCGCGGCUCUGAUCGUGCUGCUGCCAUGUCUGUCGUUCUUCAACGUGGACGAGAAGAACGGGAUGUCCUUCAGCGGCCCGGUGGAGGACAUGUUCGGCUACACCGUGCAGCAGUUCGAGAACAGUGAAGGAAAAUGGGUUCUGAUUGGUUCUCCACUGAAGGGUCAGCCGGCCAAGCGGACGGGAGAUGUCUACAAGUGUCCCGUAGGUCACGGACCUUCUUCAGAGUGUAUAAAAUUAGACCUGCCUGAGCAAACAACAAUCCCAAAUAUACAUGAAGUGAAAGAAAAUAUGACCAUGGGAACGACGCUGGUGGCUAAUCCUGAUGGGAACGGAUUCCUGGCCUGUGGUCCUCAGUAUGGGUAUAUGUGUGGGAGUCAGCAGUACAUCACUGGUAUCUGCUCCAACGUCAGCUCAUCCUUCAAAGUGCUCAACUCCAUCGCCCCCACUGUUCAAGAGUGCCAGCAGGACAUGGACAUUGUCAUCGUUUUGGACGGAUCCAAUAGUAUCUACCCAUGGGAUGACAUUACAAAGUUUCUGAAGAAGUUUCUGGCGCAGAUCAACAUCGGCCCGGCGAGGGUGGGCAUCGUAUCAUACGGAGAUGACGUCGGUCACGUGUUCAACCUCAGCCAGUUCACCACCACCCAGGAUCUGGUUGCAAAUGCUGAAAAAAUCCCCCAGAGAACCGGCCAUAAAACCAUGACCGCUCUGGGCAUCGACACGGCGCGGAAGGAGGCGUUCACACCAGAGCGUGGAGCUCGGCCCGGGGUCAAGAAGGUCAUGGUGAUCGUCACCGAUGGAGAGUCACAUGACAACCAUAAUCUGAGUAAAGUUGUUAAAGCCUGUGAAGACGACGGGAUCGAGAGAUUCUCUAUCGCUGUGCUUGGUGAUUACAACCGCCAAAAUAAAAGUCUUGAUCAGGUGAAACAUUUUAUUGAUGAAAUCGAGUUAAUCGCGAGUGAGAAAAAGGAGGAUCACUUCUUCAAUGUGUCGGACGAGGCGGCGCUGAUCAACAUUGUAGACGCUCUGGGGAGCAAGAUCUUCGCUUUGGAGGCUACAUCUGGAAACCACACCUCCUCAUUCGAGAUGGAGAUGUCUCAGUCCGGCUUUAGCGUUCACACGUCUAGAGCGGGUGUGAUGCUGGGAGCGGUCGGGGCUUAUGACUGGAACGGCACUGUGGUCAUGCAGUCGGGAAACAGCUUUAAAGUGCCCAAAAAAAACACCUUCCACGACCCGCUGGUGCAGAAAUACGAGGGCAUGGCGGGAUACGUAGGUUAUGACGUGCAGUCGGCGUACACUCAGGCCGGGGUGUUCUACAUCGCCGGAGCUCCGAGGUUCAACCACACGGGCCGGGUCAGCAUCUACCGCUACGACGGGGAGAACAUCACCAUCACCCAACACCUGAGAGGAGAACAGAUUGGCUCGUACUUCGGCAGCAUUCUCCAGACCCUGGAUGUUAAUAAAGAUUCCUACACGGACAUUCUGCUGGUCGGCGCUCCGAUGUUUAUGGGUCCGGAAAGAGACGAGCAGGGCCAGGUCUACGUCUACAAGAUCAGUAAAGACGGUGUGUUUGAGCAUGAGAUGACCCUGCGGCCGGUAAAUCAGAGCUGCAGCAGCAGGAAUAAGAACGAGCCGUGCGGAGCGAGAUUCGGCACCGCCAUCGCCGCCGUCCCCGACCUCAACCUGGACGGCUUUAACGACGUGGUGAUCGGAUCACCGCUGGAGAACGACCACCGGGGGGCGGUGUACAUCUACCACGGCCACAAGAACUCCAUACGCGAGAAAUACGUCCAGAGAAUAGCAGCUGGAGGCGAUGGUGAUAAGAUGAAGUUUUUCGGUCAGUCCAUCCACGGAAUCAUGGACCUGAAUGACGACGGCAUCAUCGACGUGACCAUAGGAGGAAUAGGAGGAGCCGCACUUUACUGGUCACGAGACGUAGCGGAGCUCCAUGCAGAGAUGACCUUCGACCUGAACAAGAUCAACUUGCAGCAGCCGACGUGUAACAUCCAGGGACGGGACACGGUGUGUGUGAACGCGAAAGUGUGUUUCACCUACAAAAUCAAAUCGGAGAAAGAGACGAGCACGAGGACCGACAUCCGGUACAGUCUGACGCUGGACUCGUUGCGUGCGAUUGCCAGGGGGCGGUUCAGAGACACGGACGACAGAAAGAUCCAGAGGAACACCAUCAUCUCGCACCACCUGUGCACCAACCACUCCUUCUACAUGUCGGAGAAGCUGGACUUCAGGGAUCCGCUGAUGGUGUCUCUUGACUUUGGUUUGGCGAAUGAAGACAGUGGACCAGUUCUGGAUGGAGAUUUACCAACAUCACUAAACAAAACGAUUGCAUUGGUGGACUGUGGGAAUAACAACAAGUGCAUCGCUGACCUGCAGUUGAAAGCAGAGGCCAACAUCAGCAGGCUCCUCAUUAAGGCUAGUCAGGAGAAGUUCCAGGUCAGUAUAAACAUUAAGAACAGUGGAGAUAACGCCUACAACACCAGGGUCAUCCUGAGCACCACCGAAAACAUCAACUACGUCAAGGUGGAGCCUAAAGAUAAGGACUGUGAGCUCAAUAAUACGCGGGUGGUGUGUGCAGUGGGAUACCCCUUCCUCAAAACCAACGCAGUGGAAGAGCUGCAGAUCCUGUUUGAGGUGAAUCUGUUAAGCGUUAAGAAGGACAUCGUUAUUAACGUGACGGUAACGAGUGACAGUGAAGAAGCUCUCGAUAAACUGAAGGACAACUUCGUUCACAUCUCCAUCCCUGUGAAGUACCAGGUCAGCCUAAAGUUCACCGCGAUGAAACACAUGAAAGAGGAUCACAUCAUCAUAAAGGAAGGAGAAAAAUGGCCGGAUGUUUUUAACAACACCAGUGUGAUCGGGGAGGAGAUGAACGUUAGCUAUACAAUUGAGAAAGAUUCGGAGCUGGAGAGUCCUCCUCUGCAGCUGAACAUCACCUUCCCCUACAAAACACCUGCACAGAACUUCCUGCUGUACCUCACCCGGAUCUCCUCCACACCUACGAUCCACUGCCAGACUGAUUUGGUCGACCCUCUGAAAAUCAAGCCCUCACACAUCCACACCACUAAACCUAAAACAGAGACCCUCAGCAACUACCUGCUGAGCUGUAAGGAGGAGGCCAGUCCCUGCAAAUGGUUUGUGUGUAAAAUCCCUCCAGCUAAAUUCAACCAGAUCAACGCCACCUUCAGAGUGUGGAUGCCAACCUUCAUCAAAGCCGAGUUCUCUGAUAAAAGUCUGGAUCUGAUAGUAGAAGCGAAGCUGCAGAAUAGAGACACAGCGCUGUUCCAGCUCAGCCAGCGAGAUGAAGUCAGAGAGGUGAAGGUACAGGUGUCUAAAGAGGCUCGGGGGGGAAUCCCGCUGUGGAUCAUCAUAUUGAGUAUUUUAAUAGGAUUAUUAAUACUGGCUCUGGUUAUCUUCGCUCUGUGGAAGGCCGGCUUCUUCAAGAGAAAAUCAGUGGAAGAUAUGAAGGAGGAGAUGAAAGACGAGUAAAGGCUUCAAUCAGAAGCCGAACUUCUCCUCAGGUCAUUCCCUCACCUUUCCACAUCCUGCAGAGGCCAUAGACUUCAGAGUUUAACAGCAUCACCACAGACCAGCAGCGCCAAAAGAUAAGCCCAGAGAUCUGCAUCGGGAAUAUCUCACAACCCAGAGAGUCUUCAGGAAACUUCUGGAAUAUAAUGUUGUUUAUCUGUCAAUCCAAAGAGUCUGGAUCUUCAGGAACAUUCCUGAAGCAAAGCUCAGACCAAAGAAUCAGCAGCUGAUGUUGACUGGUUAGUCUUUCUUCAUGUUGUUUCUAGUCUUAAAAAGUGUCAGGACGAUUUUCUAACCAUGAAAUGCCUUUAAAAUGAAAAAAAAAAACAUGAAAUGCCUUUAAAAUAUAAAAAAAUCAUGAUACAGGGGUUGGACAAUGAAACUUAAUUUAUUGUGGUGACGGACAGUUCUGGUGGAAACAGGAGAGUUGAGGUGCACAUUGAAUUCUGCGGUGAUUUGAUCAGCCGUGGUUUUAUGUUUUUUGGAUACAAUCCAGGUUAGCACCCAAACAUCCCUUUCAGACAGCUUCCUCUUACAGCGUCCACAGUUAAUCCUGUUGGAUGUGGUUGGUCCUUCUUGGUGGUAUGCUCACAUUAUCCUGGAUACCGUGGCUCUUGAUGCAUCACAAAGACUUGCUGUCUUGGUCACAGAUGCGCCAGCAAGACGUGCACCAACAAUCACCCAUAAUGUUGUGUGCAUUGCAAUAUUUUGAGCAGAACUGUACUCUUACCCUGCUAAUUGAACCUUCACACUCUGCUCUUACUGGUGCAAUGUGUAAUUAAUGAAGAUUAAUCACCAGGCUGCUCCAAUUUAGCCAUGAAACCUCCCACACUAAAAUGACAGGUGUUUCAGUUUCAUUGUUCAACCCCUGUAUAUGUCCAGCUUCAGUUAAAUGAUAAAGAGUAGGGAUGCACUGAUCCAGCAGUUUCAGUUCCAAUUCAGUUCUUCCUCUGAUUCAUUUUUCAAGAUUAGAUACCAAACCCAGGUGAUUUAGGUAAAAAAAAUACUUAUAUCCAAUCCAAACAUCAGAUCUGUGCAUCCCUAUUUUAAAGCCCUAUCUGGACGGAAUUAGUGUCUCAGGGGGGCGUCUGUGAAAAAAAAAAAAUCACACUUCUACUUAGUGAUAAAACUCCUGCGUCCAGACUGCAAUUGAAAAAAAAAAAAAACUCAAGGACCAGUGAUUUUUUUUCUCAGGCUUUCUCAGUCACAUGACAUCGCGUUCAGUAGCUCCUCCAUUUCCAUUCGCUGUUGUGUUUUUACAUGGAUCUCCGUGUAAUUACGGUGCGUGGCAAUGAAUAAAUAGCUAUUUUAUUAAACACGAGGAGACGAAACUCAGAGAUGUGAGUCUGGACGGGACUAAAAUUCCUGGAAGACCACAAAAAAUGAGUUCAGCGAAAAACAGUAGAUAGUUCAGCCUGUAAUUUUCUUAUAGGUAGUCUAAGAAAAACACGCUCAUGGUCGUUCCAGACGGAAAUAAAAUCACAGAGGAUAAAAAAAAAACACAAAAGAGACAAUUACCCCAGAACCCCCUGAGACACUAAUCCCGUCCAGAUAAGGAUUAAGAUAAAUUUGUUUAGACAUGAAAUAGACAUGGAAUAUCUCACCAAGAGUCUGAAGAUCUUGAGAUUUUCACACAGCAGCUUCUUCUUCAGCGCUUUAUGGCCAUUCAAUCACAACCAUGCCAUAUUUGAAGUUUUUUAAUGAAGUUUUUAAACAUUUUCUUAAGUUUUCCUUGUUUUUUAAACCACUGUAAAUGUAUUUUUUUUAAAUGAGUAUUUUACGAUUUGUUAAUGACUGUUGUGGCACAUUCCUCUGCUCGUACGAAGCAUUUUGACACUGUCAUUUUUCACGCAGAAUUCGUUGAUAGAUUGUACUGUAAAUGUAUAUAGAGCUCAGAGUGUAUAUAGAGUGAUGUUUGCAAUAAUGCUUGUAAUGUAAUUUAAUGACAUUGUCAAACACAGACCCCUGAAUACUGUCUUAAGAGAAAAAAAAAAAGAAAACUAUCACAAUCUUACUCAGGAGGAUCAACUCAGAUAUGCCAACUUUGGGCGUUUUCACACCUGCACUUUUUAGUUUGGGUCAGAUUCUGGUUCAUUUCUAAUGCAAUUCGUUUGGGCAAACCCAAACCAGACCAGACCAAAUUACACCAAAUCACACUCAGCAAAAUCCAACCUAAACCAAACGUAACCAAAGUAAACCCAGCCCACACCAAACCCUAUAAAACUUAAACCAACCCACACUAAGUCCAAUUAAAUUAAACUUAAACCAGUUGUAACUAAAGUAAACCCAACCCAAUCAAACUUAACCCGAUCUACACCAAACCCAAUCAAAUUAAACUUAACUUAAACCAAUCGUAACCAAAGUAAACCCAACCGAAUAAAACUUAUCCCAAUCCACACCAAAUCCAAAUAAACUCAACCCAAAACAACCGUACCCAAAGUAAACUUAACCCAACCAAACCCAAACCACACCAAGCCAAACUCAACCCAACAAAACCAAACCCAAUCAUAACCAAAGUAAACCCAACUCAACCAAACUUAAUCCAAUCCACACCAACCCAAUCAAAUUAAACUCAACCCAAAACAGCUGUGACCAAAAUAAAUUCAACCUAAUCAAACCCAAUCAAACUAAACUCAACCUAAACCCGACCGGAACAGACCAAGUUACAAAAAACAAACACACCUAGCUAACCUCAACCAAGACCAAACUAAACCCAAACCAACUCAAUCAGACUAAACUCAACCCAAACCAAUCAUAACCAAAAUAAACCCAACCAAUCAACACCAAGCCAAACUCAACCUUACCUACACCAGACCCAAACCACACGAAGCUAAACCCAACCAGGACUAAACUAAACUUAAACCAAUCCACACCAAGCUAAACCCAAACCAAAAAAACACACAAACAAACAAACCCAAAAUAAACCAAAUAAAACCCAACCAAAUUAACCCCACCUACAAACUAAACCUAACCAAACUAAACCCGAGAUAUUAGGACCAGAGCAAACAAAUGAGUUAUAGAACGUGUUUAAAGGAAUGAAAAACAGUUUCACAUAUCAUUUUUCAUAUUUCAUUUCCAUUUAAAUAUAAGGUCCUCACCUUUUAAGCUUUUUAAUUUUUUUGAUUUUUCAUUAAUCGAGUCACAUUAGCGGUGGCAGCAGCUAUACUGUGGAAUUAUUUUGAGUUUUUUGGGUAAUUUUCUCAAUUCUCUUUAAAUUUCUCUUGGGUUUAUUAAAAAAUGUAGGACAUAACUAAUGAUUUAAUUGGGUAAUGCAGGAUAAAAUACACUAUAUGCCCAAAAGUAAAUAUUAAAGAACAGGGUAAGAAGGAGGAAAAUAAUACUGUAUACAGAGAAACAGAUACAGAUCUACAGUCUGUAAUUAUUACACAGUAGAUCUACACAGUGCUUCUGUGUGAUCAGUGGAUCUGAUAUGAUGAAUAAUGGGUGCGGGAAGGAGGAGAUGGUCAUAAUGUUUUGAUCUGAGUGUGUAAAGCAGAUAAAGAGUUGAAUGCAGUGUGUUUUUGUGAGUUUGACGGGUUUGUUCUGGUAUGGCUGUGGUUUAUCUGAGAGUUUUAUGUGAAAUUGAGUUUUUAUCUGAUUUGUCUGGACGGAGCCGGACGCUCAGACUGGUAAUGCUGUUUGUCUUGAUCAAACAUCUGAGUGGGAAUUUAUACAGGGUUUAAAAUGCGGCGUAAUGUUUAUGUUUGAGAAAUGUAAAUGAAUUAUCUGCAUCUCUCACCUGUAAAUUUAACCUGGUUUAUGGUUUUAAAGUUAUUUUUACACCGAGGGAGAGAAUGAUUAUAAGUAAGCCAGCAGGGUACGGCCAUCACAAAACAUUACUGCAUUAUUUCUUGACAAUUACGUAUAAUUAAUCAAAUGUUCUCUUUUUUUUUUUUUGCAAAAGAAGUAGUAUGGUGAGAUUAUACUGUAUUACUGUAUGUAAGAUUCCCCAGCCGACAUCAGCACUGCACUCCUGCCUUCACGUGUAUCAUCAUGUAUUAAAAUUGUUUGUUUAAAAUGACAAAAAAAAA